AUCACCCAUCGUCAUGACUUUGAUGUUCUUUAUCUUCACGACUCUCAUCGCUUUAGCCAGGGGUGGACUCAUCGCGGCACCUGUCGCUCCUGUUGCUAAAUUUGUCCCUAGUCCUUUAUACUCGUUUGCAUAUGACGUGAAGGAUUCGCUAACAGGUGAUUUUAAAAGCCAAGUUGAAACUCGGAGUGGAGGAGUCGUUCGAGGACAAUACAGUGUUAUCGAUCCUGAUGGUACAAAACGCAUUGUGGAUUACACCGCCGAUCCUAUUCAUGGUUUCAACGCUGUUGUCAGGAAAGCUCCUAUCGUAAACGUGGUUCCUCCGGUAGUGGCCCCAGCUCCGGUUGUACCGGCACCGACCUUAGCCAGAGUCGCUCCGGUUAUUCCCAGACCAGUAUCAUUUUUUUAAAUGUUCCCUAAAUAUUUAAAAGCUGUUCAGUAUUGUAUUUAUCUAUUAAGUACCUAUUGUCUGUGUUAUUUUUAUACAAUAAAAAGAUUAUUUUAAAAUA